AUGAGGCUCACUAUCUCGGCCUGUGUUCUACUCAUCGCAAACUUUGUCUAUGGACUCAACUUUGAGUGUACCUGCGCUGGUAUCGACCCUCCCCCCGUUAUGCAAGGUCUUGUAAGCUUGUGCUGCGGUGGAACAGGGAUAGACACGCCUGAAGGCAAGUCUGGUCCUGGAUCAUGGAAUGGAAAGGGAAUCUGCACAUUCGACUUGCCUAAUACAAAAGUAACAACGAAUCAAGCCUCUGAAUCAUUCAAGGCUUGCUGUUUGGCAUCUUCGUGCAGGAAGGAAAUUCACUGGUGGUUCGUGCCGGGAAGUUUGGGUCUGAGAAAUACUUAUGAGAGUUGGCGGUGGGUGAGCUAG